CCCUUGAUCACGCGGGAAAGUGGAGCGGUGUUUAUUUUUAAAGAAUAAGAUACACAAAGAUGGGUAGAAAAUCAGCGAAGGGCAAAGAAAAGAAGUUAAAAAGAAAAGAGGAAACUGCUAAGAUGAAGCUUUCACUUGUGAAAGUUGACAACUGCAAUAAGAUGGAAGACCCAUUGGCACCUUUUGUAGUAUUUAAAAAGUUUGACAGAAAUGGGCUGGUGGCGAAAAUUGAGUGCAAGCGAGUGGGUGAUCUGGAUAAACAGACCAUAGACUGGGCUUUUGAACUCACAAAGACCAACAUGAAGGAUCUGUAUGCACAGAGUGAAUGGGGCUGGAAGGACCGAGAGAAAAAGGAUGAAAUGAUAGAACACAAGGCCUGGUAUCUUGUGGCAAGAGAUAACGAUGACAAACCCAUAGCAUUUGUACACUUCCGGUUUGAUAUGGAAUUUGAUGAAGAAGUACUGUACUUAUACGAGAUACAGCUGGUUCCUGAAAUUCGGAAGAAAGGUCUUGGGAAAUUUUUGGUUCUUACCUUAGAACUUAUGGCAAACAAGUAUGACAUGAGAAAGGUUAUGCUGACAUCGUUUAAACACAACAAGGAAGGCUUUGACUUUUUUAAGGCAUUGAAGUAUGACGUUGACGAGAUUUCACCAGAAGCUAGAGUGUUUGAAGAAGGCUAUGACUAUAUUAUAAUGAGCAAGUUGACAAAGUUUGGCAAAGAGCAAAAAGCCAAGGAGGAUGCGAUGAAUGAAUUGGAGGAAAAUAAUCAGGAAAUAAAAGAACAAGUUACCAGCUGAUGAAAUUCAGUGUUAAAAAUCACAGUGCUAAACAAAUUCAACUUACACAUUGUAGUAGUCAGUGAAUAUCUCAAAUAAACUGGUUGAAUGAAUGUAUUCAUGCAUUGAUAUAAUCAUGAAUGGAACUAAAAUAACAUUUUAAUUGAAGUAUAUUUAUUACAAGUUCAUUAAUAAAGGAAUUUAUAUCUCAACAGCAGAUACAUAAUUGUGUAUGUAAAAUUUAAUUUAACCUACUGGUAAAAUGCAAACAUUUAUGAGUAGUUAUCAAGUUCUGAUGUUCAUGCACUUUAGUGUUAAUUGAAAGACAGUAACUUAAGAAUGAUCUGGUGCAACCCAAAUUCAAUAUUGGUUUCAUAGUGUUCCAUGGAUGAAAUAUACUGAUAAUUACGUUCUCUGGAAGGGUUUGGUCAGAUGGAAGCAAUAUCAUCAUGAGUGUGUACACAAUUUACCACCAUGUUUUUAGUUGGACACCAAUAUCUGACGGUUUUUAACUACAAUAGUAAUGUGAAAGCCAUUAAAAACUAAAUACAUGUGGGUUUUAAAUUUUUGCCAAGCAGAAGAGUUUAAACUCCAAAAUACUUCCUCGAUUUUUUGGCAAGUGCUAUUAUGAGAAAUGACUUGUUCGGUCUCACACCCACAUCCAACUUCUUUUAAUAAUCCAGUAAUUAUAUUUUAAAUAAAUAUGGGCCAAUAGAUACAAGGCUAGCUCUGGGUGAGCAGAACAAUUUGUCAAAUUAUCUUCUUCAUAUCUUGCUUCAGAAACGGUUAUUUUCCAACAAAAUAACAGGCUGUGUGAGAAAUUAUUUCGUUAUGUAUGUCAGUGUUAUAAGUGCUUGUUUUUAGUAAGGUCCAAGGUAGGGAUAGCUCUGGGUAAAUUGGGAAUUUAAUUAUUAAAGUGAACAAAUUGCAGAAACUGUUUUCUAACAAAAUAUCAAUUAUAACUUGAAAUUAUUUCAACAAAUUGAAAUAAAAUUUAAAGUGCCUGAGCUAGCCCAAGUCGAAUGAGUCACUGUAGAUCAAAGUGUCCAAAUAACUGUUAGACACCAAAUGGCAGUGGUUCAAAAUGUUGAGGAUGAUUAAAACAAAUUUUCUUUUAUCUUUAAUGGAACUGGCCUUGAAGUGCCUGUACAAGUUAUGAAAGUUUUCAAGAAAAACCCUCAUCGAUGAAGCUUUGUGCUGUUUUGUUCAUUUGGUCAGUACUAAAUCCUUCAAAGGUGAAACUAUCUUACCCAGCCAAUUUUCCAAUGUUCCUAUUUCUGGUGACACUUGUGUUAAAGUGUUUUUAAACACUAAGGCAUAUUUUUCACUAUUUGAUCCGUUUUUGAUCGUUCAGACAUUACUUACAUUUUAUUGUUUAGAUCAUCCAUUUCCAUACGCCUGGGUUUCUGGUCAUCCUGGUGUUUCUAACACCCAAGAAAUGCAUUUUUUAUUAUUUUUUUAAAUGUAUAUACUUAUGAGAGGCACCUGUUUCACUCUGUUGCAACUUUAUUCAAAUGUUUUAUAGGUUUGUAGAAUUAACCAAACUUUGUGUCCAUUUUGACAGGUUAAAACUAGGGUCUGAGACUUUAAUAAUAAACUCAAGUUUGCCUGCAGUGUAUAGUGAUUUCCCUAGAAAUUUGUCAAGGCAUGGUAGACCAAACACUUUUGGGGCAUUUUCACCAUUUUCGGGGCACUUGUAUUUCAUUACAAAUACACAAAAAAUUAUUGAAAUAAACAUUAAUG